AUGCAAAUAUUUUCAAAAAAGUUAAAACAACAAAACAAUCAAGUUCCUUGGUCUCAGAGAAAACUUUCCCUAUCAAACCUUCUUCCAAGACAUGGUCAUUCUACAAAUCAGAGUGGGGUAAAUGACGAAUUAUGUAUCUUUGGUGGUAUUUAUAAAGGACGCGCAACUAAUGAUGUAUUUAUAUUAGAAACUAAUACAUUCAAUGUCACUGGAUUAACGACAACAGGAGAUAUUCCACCGCCUCGGAGUUUACAUACACAAGUUAAUGUUGGAAUGAACAUGAUCGGUGACUAUGAUUUAGAUGAAUUUACGAAACAAUGGUAUAAGCCACCUAUGCAAGAUCCAAAGGUGAUUGGCCGAUUUGGUCAUUCGGCGACCGUGAUUGGAUCAAAAAUGUACAUCUUUGGUGGACAGUUUGAUGGUCGUCUAUUGAACGAUCUGAUCGUAUUUGACUUGCAAACGCUUAGUUCUGGUGUAGCCCGGUGGGAAUUUAUUGUCCCUUUAAAUGAUCCACCAGUAGGUAGAACAAGUCACACCAUGUGCGCUUACAAUAACAAACUUUACGUCUUUGGCGGUACGGACGGUGAGAAAUAUCAUAGCGAUACAUGGUGUUAUGACCCACAAACAAAUAAGUGGAAUGAAUUAGCAUGUAUAGGAUAUAUUCCAUCUCCAAGAGAAAAUCAUAGAGUUGCUAUCAUAGAAGACAUUAUGUAUAUUUUUGGUGGGAAGGGGCAGGAUGGAUUAGAUUUAAGUGAUCUAGGAGCGCUCAAAAUUUCCAAUCAAAGAUGGUACAUGUUCUCGAAAAUGGGAAUUCCAGCAAGUCCUAGGAAGUAUCACGCAAUGACGGCUAGCCGUGACAAAGUUUUAAUUUUUGGCGGGGAUUGUCUACAAAUUCCAAAACCAGAUGAAGAUGGCAUUAUUAAUAUAUUAGAUACAUCUAAAAUAAAGUAUCCAAUUACUCCAUCAAAUUCGACAAAAUCAUCACAAAUAACAACACAAAAAUCACAACAAGCACAACAAAUUAGAUCAAUACCGCAACAACUAGGCAUAGAAAGUAAUAGACCACCACCAUCACAAAGUCAAUCUCCAAAUAAACGUAAUAAUACAAUAGAUGAUGAUAAUAACCGAACAUCGCCUGGAAUGAGGCAUAUUUCACCGUCAGGAAGUCAAAGUUCUUUAACUUCUCCAGUGCCAUCACCAAGGUUCAUGCCUGAUAACAAUAUGAAUGUGAGUAAUUCAUCACCACGUAUGGGCCCUCAGGUGGGAGGAGGUAGUCCAAAAUAUCAAGUAUUUCCAAAACGACCUCAAAAUGGCUCUCCAAGGUUACCACCAGAUAUGGUGGAUCCAAAUAAUAAUACACAAGCGAGAAAUAAUUUAUCCUCUAGAAGUAGAUCGGAUUCUUCAGAACAACGAUAUAACAAUUAUAAUAAUCGUUCGUUAUCACCACCACUCGAAAAAAAACAAAGCGUCGAAAGUCUUCGUAAACAGACCCCUUCUCCUUCAGAGGGAAGAAGAGAGCAAUUCCGUGAAGGAAAUAAAAAUGCGAUGAACUUACCAGUACAAAUGGCUGGUGCAGCCGGAGAUUUUCAAAAUCCACGUCAAGCUCCACAUCCUCCAAGUUCUAAUUCUUCCAGCAACAUUCCAUCAUCAGCCAAUCAAACUAGUCAAAGAAGUCCUCGGAGCAAUAACUCGUCACCAUCUCCAUUAGCGAUAGACACAAAACUACCAGUUAAUUCAAUGCUGUAUGGUGGCGAUGGUACAAUAUCACCAAGCUCAUCAUCUACAAUUAGUCAGAAUAGUUUAAAAUCUCCUACAUUUGAUGCUCUUGAACAUUUUCCUGCCCCUGUAUCAAACACGGAAAGAGAUAAUUUCUUACGUGAAUUACAACAAAGAGACGCGCAAAUAUCUCAAAUCAAAAAGCGGGAAAAUUGGUUGAAACUUGAACUCGCUCUUGCUAGAACAUCUGGUUACACUCCUGAUAAUCGUCAUAGUGGGGUACCCGAGGGCAUUGAUUCUGAAAAAAUCAUGGACAUUGGUGAAACCGGUUCUGAUCGUUUUAAGAUUAUGUCGGCGGUUUUCAAAAUAAGACAAGAGUUAAGAAAAGAAAAGGCAAUGAUUGCGAAUCAAGCUCAAGCUGCUUCGCACAAAAUAACGGAUGCAGAACGUGCGAGAACCGCAGCUCUUCAAGAGGCUGCUUAUUUUAAGGCUAAACUAACAGCUUUAGUAAAUGCAUCAGAAUCAGAACUCGCUAGCAUUGAAAUUAAGCGUGCAAAAGAUUUAGAGAAACGUUUGACACAAGCUCUCACAGAAAAAGAAUCGUUACAAAAUAAAUUAUUUCAAUCGCAGCAAGUUUCAGGCUAUGAUAAAAUAUCUCGAGAAUCGGCCGAAGAACGUGCAAAAUCAGCUACUUCGAGGGCUGAAGAAGCGGAAGAGGCUCACGCACGAGCAUUAGCAGAAUUGGCCACUUUGCAUUCUCGUGCCACGACGGCCGAAGCCCAAUUAAGAGAAAAUAACACCCGUUUAUCUGAAGCCACAUCGGAACUUUCACAGUACCAUUCAACUUCUAACAAUUCACGCAAUAAAAUUGAUCAGCUUCAACAGUCACUUGAGCAACAUCAAAGAGCUUUGGAAAAGGCCAAUAACGCCCUUUUAGCCGCCAAUGAGCGUGCGGGUGAAGUGGAAUCAUUAUGGAGGAAAUCCCGCCAAGAUUUUGUUUGUUUAGAGAAAGAAGCAGCAAAGCUAAGGGCUGAAUUAGAUAUUAGAAUGACAGAAUUAGAUCGUGCCCACGCGAGAGCAAAUGAGAUGGAAAGGUUGUUGGGUAAAUCUCAAAAAGAAGUUGACGCAGUACGUGCUAUGAUGCAAGAAGGGAUGACAGAAUUAUUAAACACAUCACGGUCAACUCACGAAGGAAACAAUUCUUCUGAAGCUGCAAAGAAAAUAAUAAUGCUCGAACAGGAGAUUUUAAGCUUAAAAUCUGCCCAUGUGGAUUCACAGAAAGCAACUCAAGAAACUUCCAGUUCACUCGCGGAUGCUAUGAUAAAGAUCUCACAAAUGGAAAGUUCUGCCAUAAAGGCAAGAUCUGAUGCUGCAAUUUUACAACGUAGAUUGAUUGAAGCUUCAGAUGAAAACGCGAAAACAAAAGAUAAAUUACGUGAAAAGGAAAGGUCAUUGAUAGAAAGAACAAGAGCUCUCGAAGACGCUGAAGUAAAAGUAGGCAUGAUGAGGGAUGUACUGACAGAGAAAGGAAUUUUAGACGAUGGUAGUAACGGUAAUAAUGGAGUAUUUUCAUCGAAUCGGUUUAAAGAAUUGGAAUCAAAAUGUGAAGAACUUGAAAGCAAGCAUAAUAAAGCUGCACGAAAAGCCAAGGAAUCUGAAGAGAAAGCCAAAAUUCUUGAAGAAGAGUUGGAACGUGCUAGUAUCGGAUCAAAAAGUUUAACAUCUGAUAAUGAAGAUAAUCUGAAAUUGGAGACAAGGCCUAAUGUAAAUCAAAGGGAACUUAUUGAAACGAAAAAAAGAUUGCAAGAAGUUGAGAAUGAUUAUCAAACUGCCGUACAUUAUGUUAAAGGUACGGAAAAAAUGUUGAGAAGGAUGAAAGAAGAAUUAACAAAAAAUAAAAAAGAAUCUGAAAUCUUGAAUGAAAAAUUAUCAAUAGCUCAAGCACGUAACGAAACAUUAGAAGAACAAUUAUCUGAAGCAGAAAAUAAUUUCUCGGUAAGUAAAGGAUUGUCUGAUUCCAAAUUGCAAGAAUUGACCAGUCAAAAACUUGAAGAAAAGAGGUUAGAAUUUGAAAAAGAAAAGGUGCAAUUACAUGGAAAAAUUGAUGAUUUACGAUCUCAGCUUGACCGUGCUUAUGAUGGAAAAAAUAUGGUGGAAGCGGAAUAUGAUGUUUUACGUAAAGAAUACGAAACAUUACGUAAAGAAAACGAGUCUUUACGUUCGAUCGAUCAGGAACUUCGAGAUUUAUUAAAAGAUUCUGAGGAAGCUUUGCGGAAUACUCAAAGUGAAUUGGAUGAGACACUUGCGUUAUAUACUAAAGUUAAUAAAGAACUUGAACAAUCAAUGAAAUCAGGACCAAAAGGAUAUAGCAAUAAGAAUUGGGAAGAACAACGUGUCAUGUUAGAGCGACAAGUUGCCGAUUAUCGUGCAAUGAAUGAAAGGCUUGAAAAGGAAAACUCAGAUUUAGAACAAAAAUGGAAAGAAUCUGAAAAUAAAAUUACAAUAUUGUUAGAUCAAAUGGAACAUGCUGUUGACAGUUAUCGUGAAAUUGAAGAUGAUAUAAGAGAUUCAAGUCCAAGAAAUUCCCAUGUGAUUACUUCUCUAACCAAUGAAUUAGAAAUGUUAAGAUCUCAAAUGGACGUUUCGAAUCAAGAUAUUGAUUUAAGUGACGAUGAAUUUAUAGAUGCAAAGUGGAGUCGAUUACCUAAUGAUGAAAAUGAUGAGAGUAGAAUACCAUCGAGAAUUGAUGAAUAUGAUGCAAUGAUGGCCGCUUUAGAUGAAGUUCAGAAAACUGCGGCACAAAGAAAAUUCGGUAAUAUGGGUUCUAAUAACGGUUCCUAUAUGGCAAGUAAUUUUUUCAAUAACGACGGUAAUAAUAAUGAUAGGAUUUUAAAUGAUGCAUCAAGUAAUUUUAAUAAUUCGAAAAAAAGCCCAACGCGAAUGGUUGAUCAAAUUAGAGGUCAAUUGAAUUUAACACCACCACCUACACCUCCAGUUUUAUAA